CCAAGUCACAUGAAAUCACAGCUUUUUCAUUUGCGUUCCCGGAAGUGAAGAAAAAAAAAGAUGGAUUCCUUCUGACGACUAGAUGGAAUUUUGCGGUUCCUCCAUUCGGAAAGAGUUUCCAUUCACACAUUGUAUCGUUGCCAACUGGAGAAACUCAAAAGCAUCGUCGAUUUACGGGACACCAGGUAGAACAUUGAAAUUCUCAGGGAUGUCUCGAAGACUAAUGGAAGUGCUACUCGUGAAAAUGGUGGGCAUUCUCAGACCGUAAACGGAGCUGGUGUAGUUCAAUAUAGCUCGAUAAACGAUACUACCGAUAUAGUGGGUGUACGGCGAUACGAAACUCCUUUUUGCACGCAAGCGUACCUCACCGUCUAGUGGAGCACAGAGUGAGUGGAUGUUAGAGGCGUUUGGGGCUUGAGGGUUGGGGUUGCUGAGAUUCCAUGUUAUUUACAAGAACCCGAGCAUCACUUAAGCGAAUUAUAGUACCAUAUUUUAUAGGCUCAGAGUCUCUCAUGUUGGUCCAUUUUUUAGGCUCGAAUGUGGCACAGUGGGAGGUUCUGAUAAAGGAUUGUCAAAGGGGAACUUUUAGGUUAGUAUUAAAUUCUUAGGUUGUAGAGGUUCGGGGGUUACCCAUCGCUCGGUAUGUGGGAAUUUUGGGUUUUUGGUUCUCAUGGGUUUUCGUCGCUUGGGGAAUUUAAUUGAUGUAUUGGGUAUUUUGGGGUGGACAAUAUUGGUUGGAUCGGGGAUGCUUUUUUUCGGCUGAAAUUCUUUGAGAACCUCUGCACCAGGUAUUACUAAACACGUGAAGCAGUGUUUUGCCGUGGUUUUGCACGUCGUUCUCUCAGCAGGAGCACCAGAAGCGUUUAUACGUUGCUGUACCAUUCAGGGGGAAGAGAGCGAACCAUUAGUUUGCUGACACAAACCCCCAAGUUAGGGGGUUAGAGGGCGGAUACACUGGGAAAAGCAUGCGCCGAAUGGACCAAUCAGAAAAUGGUCUUGGGUUCCAUGUAAAAAGAACUCUGUUUAUCUAACAUCAAGCCGAUACCCCGUUUGUGGAUUUUUCACGAAAAAUGCCACUCAAAAUUAUUCCUCGAAAAUUUUCCACACCACUCGACAUUGAAUCUCAGUAAAAAUCAAUAUGGAUAAUGAAGAAUUACGAAAGCGUUAUAUUAAAUAUAAUUAAAAAUAUUGUAAAUCACAACAAAAAAAUCACGUGUAUUCAUACAACGCGACCAAUGAAAAGAUGUAUUAAAUUAUGAAUUUUUUUUUUUUAAAUUUUCAUCCACCACCAAGUAUGACAGUCACAAUCAUUAAAGUAACAGCAUUCGAAAAAUGAACGUGUAAAAUAUUCAAAAAGAGUGGGAUUCGGUAUAUUAUUUGCUGGCGUGUGUUUGCGUGGGGGCGGAGAGGCUGGAAGAUGCUGAGGAUCUCAGGAGCCACUCAGAAUCGCCAUCAGGUGUUGGGAGAUGGUUUUUCGGUAGAGGUAGAAGCAGAAGUAAAGGCAUAGGAGCCAGUCAUAGAGGGAGGAGAAAGACUAGGAGAAGGCGAACGCGACACGGAUAAAGAAGGAUAGAAGAAAUGGACCAAGAGGGAGGAAGAUGAGAAGACGAAGGAAAGGUGCGAAAGCGUGUUACCUCGCACUUAACCAACUCUCGCCAAUCAUUCGCUCUUUUCAAAGCACGAGAUUGCAACCGCCGCCAGACCCAUUACCAUUGUCUUCUUGAUAAAUCGUCCCUGGUUAAAUUAACCCUUUUAUCACGGACUAGAGUCGAAUUGAUAAAAAAAAAAAAAGUAUAAAAAUUUUCCUAGACAGACAUAAGACAUAAGUCAUAAAAAUGAAAAAAGUGCCAAUUGCUAUAGCAGAAUAUUCAGCCCAAACGCACCACCUGAACACGAUUUUACUGUAAGACUCUAAUGAGCGCGCUAACUAUUGAAUAACUUCCUAACGCGUUUCUAUUGAAUAACUCUGUAUAGGUCCACAAAAAUAUUUUUGCUAAAAAAAAUAUUAAUCGAAACAACCCCAAAUUGUAUGUAUUGGAAGAAAGGUAUAUGAGGAUUGAAAAUAAAAAUUUGAAAUUUUUUUUCAAAUUUUAUCUUCCCACUCAAGAUUAUAGUCUCUAUUGGAAAAUUGAACCAAUCCAACGGGGGUACCCAGCUAAAACUGGUACACAUGGUGGUACCCUAAAUCAACAUUAACCCUAUAUGAAUAAAGCCCAUCCCUUUGACCCCUUCCCUCACACAGUGGCGUGCUCCAGUAGCCAGUAGAGAGUGGAGGGAUAGGCGGUCUGUGCCGGAUAAAGGAGCAAAAGGAGAGGCUGAGGUGCGAGAUGUGGCUCCAAUCUCGAAUCUGGACGGUGGAUGAAGCUUCCCCUGGAAGCGUCUGUGUGGUGGGGAUGCUGUUGCAGGGUGGUCCUCCUGGACCACGAGACACGUGCCACCUGUCAUACAUUCGGAAGUGCUUGCAUUCGGUAGGUUUAGAAAGAUGCUGCGGAUUAGUACGAGAUGAGUCUGAUGACGUGGCACAUCAAUGAAAGAUCAAUCAAAAAAUUUUGAAAUAAACGAACAAAUACAACAUUAAAACCCAGUUUAACAGUGAUUAUUAAAAAUUAUAUAAAAAAAAUUUUUUUUCACAAGUGCUACACCGAUCUUCGUGCACUCAAUGAAGGGAUGAUAAAUAAUUGGAGAUAAAAUUAGUGCUUGACAGUGUAAUUUUUUUUUUUUUUUUGACAAAUUCAAAGUGAAAUUUGCUCAAUACUCGUACAUGUGGUACUCAUGACUUUACCAAAAAUGGAACUUCGAGAUCAAAAUGACAAGAUGCACGGGGCACUUCGGGAUUUUCGUCAAGUACGGACUCUUGGCAAUAUCGAUGAGAUGUACACACUUCACGAAGUGUGUGUUCAGAGUGAUACCCAGGAGGAAGAUAUAAACUCGCCGAAUUCCUCUCACGAACCGACGGGUUACGUGUCGGAUUCGAGUAGCGAAAAUUCACGUGAAUAUCCAGGAGGACAAAACGAACAAAGAAAUUCAUCGCCAGCAGCAGCGACCAGUGCAUUUUCCAUUGACAGUAUACUAGGUAGAACGGCGAGAAGAGAUGACGACAAAGAUACAGAAAGGGAGGCUGAGAGAGAUCUCGAGGAUGAUCAAGAAGACAGAGACGAGCGUGAAGACAGAAGCCAUUUUGUACGGCCGACGGCAAUACCAGCUGCUCAUACAGGACUAACCGGAGCCUUGUAUCCCGCCACAGGACUUACGUACCCCGAAGGAAAUUUGACGGAUCCUACCGGAUACUCUGCAGCAUCCUUAGCCUCAGCGUCUCUUCUAUACAGCGGUUGGUUCGCGCAAUCGAAACCUAGUCAAUUAUUUGGAUUGCACGCCCCAAAACCCAGUGGGAGACGAUCUCGUAAGCCAGGAAUAGAUAGGAAACCACGUCAGGCGUACAGCGCCAAGCAAUUGGAGAGAUUGGAAGCUGAAUUCAAAAUCGACAAAUAUCUCAGCGUGAGCAAACGCAUGGAGCUGUCGAAGUCUUUGAAUCUGACAGAAGUUCAGAUAAAAACGUGGUUCCAAAAUCGACGAACUAAAUGGAAGAAGCAAUUAACGUCCAGACUGAAGAUUGCACAGAGACAAGGAUUAUUUCCACCUACGUAUUUUCCGCCAGCCCAAUAUCCAUUGUUACCGUAUUACGCUACGCCCCUCAUGUUUGGAACGCCGACGUCGGACGACGCCCCUCAGAGCGUCACGACGCUCUCGCCCCGUCCUGUAGCGCCGUCGCCAGAUAACGUUUAAGACGUUGCUGUUUGUAAGAAUUAUUACAUAAGUGCAAUAACAAUAUUUGUUUUUUGUUUAGAAUCUAAAAGUAUCCGUUUUGCACGUCACUCGCUGAAUGCACAAAUAUUAGACGAAUUUACUAUGCUUUCCAUGACAUUUUAAAAGUACUUAUGUCAGUGAUUAGAAUGAAUAUUGAUAAAGCUAGUUGUCAUAUUUACUAGAAUCGAUGCACUCGGUAAGUCGUGCUGUUAUUCUUUUGUACAGUCCAUGAAUAUCGGUACGUUAAUAAGGUACCAAUUAGCUAUUAUUAAGCGAACCGACGAAAUACGUAAAACAAGUGAGAUAAGCGAGAAUGAGGAUUAUUGUAUCGAUAACAAUAUCGAUAAAUAACUAGCGUAUGAUUGCUCUCUUUAUUUUGCUCUGAACGACUGUGUGUACAUAAAGUAACGAGACUAUGAUUAAAUACAUACUAUAUCAUUAAAGACACUUCUGCCUAAUGCGCAAUGUGAUUUAUAAAGACAAACCUAAUAAUUUAUUGCGUCUCAGAAGAUUAUCCUUGAAAAUAAUGGAAAAUAUUGUCAAUAUAGAAAUCAUAUUGGGAACGAAUAAAUGUGUUUUCUGGAUCAUUGUAAAAUAUGUCAGUUGCAAAUUCAUGUGCAGGACAUUCAAUUUAUAAAUGAAGUCAAACAAAUAUAUAGUAUAUAAGACCGACGUCUGAUUUAACAAUUAACGUAUUUUUUUAUUUCUAAAUUCAUUCGUGAUGAAUUUUAAUUAAUCAUUUGCACCAUGCAUGACCCAUAUGUGCAUCCGUAUAGCAGGUCAGAACAUCAUGGAAUAAUCGGUAUACAAAAGGUCUCUAAUUCUAUGAGAAUUAUGGUGUCCUAUAAAGUCUUCACUACUUACGUGCUGAUUGCAUUAUCAGCAUACGUUAUUAUACAGAUAGCAGAUGUUAGGAUACAGUGAACAACUUUCUGUCAAACGAUAAUCUAUCAGGCUGAAUGAAUAAUUUUCGGUAUUUCAUCUGACAGCGGUUUUCUAAUAUCAAAAUUGUGACAUCAAGUGAAAGAUUGGACAGUAGGCAAAUUAGGCAUAAUACAGUAGCAAAAUUAUCAUGGAAUUUCAAGAAAUUUUAAUGUUUAAAAUCAACUAAUACGUUUAUUGGUUCACCUAAUCGAAAUAAAAAAUUUUACAUAACUAAUAUUAUGAUAAUUAUUUUCUAUAAUAUUAUGCAGUAAGGAAUAAUUAAGUUUCCAAGGAUUCUGGUAUUACAUUAUUUUAUUCCAUAGGUCCAUGAUCUACGUAUAGAAUAUGAUGCUAUACCAGCCCUCUGCUUUUCUCCAUUUUAUACGUAAUAAAAGCUGCUUAAAAAUAUUUAAGAAAAAGUUGUCUGAGGCGGAACAGCGAAUAACACGGCAUAUUACAAUGACAAAAGUAAGUAAGUGGCUUGAAAGAACUUACUGUCAUACGCGAUAAAUCGUAUUCAAAAUAUGAUCCCAAUCAUCUUUUUAUCAAGUAGCAGUGACUUGCGUCAUAUUAAGAAAGAUUAAAAUUUCAUAUAAUCUCAUGUAAAAAUCUUUGAAACUUAAUUGCUGUCAUGGCGAGGUGAAUCGACGCACGUUAGUUCAUAAUCAAGGUUAUCAAGGAUAUUUCAUUUUUGGGAUUGAUUGAUAUAAAAUAUAAAUAAUUUCAUGAGGAUUUACAUAACAAUUUACCUACUCACUUUUACUAUGCACUGUGUUAUAUUGUAUAUGAUAUAUUGAUAUUCGAGAUCCUAUCGUCAGAUGGCACGAGUUUCGUAUUACUACUUGGUUCUUGUCCGUGCUAAGUUCGUACAAGUACCUUGUUUUCCUGAGACAGCUUUAAUGUCGCGUACUCUCAGUUCGCAAUAUGGAUAAUUCGCGCGAGUAUCAAUUAGCUGUUGGUACACGGUGGAAAGACUGAACAAGUACAAUAUCAGU